GGAGGCGGAAACACAGAGACAUGUCGGAGCAACAGCAAGCGAGCGAUUCAGGGGACACUGAGUGAAGCGAAUUGAGGUUUUCCCCAUCAAAUAAAGCUUCAGUAGCACAAAUUUCUUUUGACGGGAUAUUGAUGUCAUUUUGUGGAACCCAAAACGGCGGGUAUGUGUGUCAAAAUCGACAGUUUAAUACGCCUGUGUUUCUGUUUGUACCCGCCGUCCUUAUGCUGUCGGCUAGCCGGCUAGCUAGCUAGCUAGCUAACUAACAGUAGCCUGUUUAUGUAAUCAUGGCGGUUGUUAUCGUGCUACACUGGAACAAGCUAGUUACCCUGUAGACACUUAUGUAAGGUUUAUGCAGACAAAUUUACUACUCUACAGAAUUUCCUCCCUUUAUAUGCACAUUAACGAUAAAUAAGCCAAAAGUAUGAGCUAUAUCUCUGUACAAUGUCGGGUUUACCAUGGCUAGGUUGAGUCACCAAAGGUUAAUGUUCAAAUAUACAAUAAUGGACUACAAAUUAGAUUAAAGGUUUGUUUAUUUUCUGUUGUUUUAUCUCCCUAGCCGCCGCAGCAAAUGGGACCAGCCUGGUCCCGGCUCAGGCUCUGGUGGGAUGGGGGAGGCUGAAGCUGCACCCACCGGGGCUCUGGAUGCUGCAGCUGCUGUGGCUGCCAAGAUCAACGCUAUGCUGGUAGCAAAAGGAAAACUAAAACCCUCACAGAUAGGAACCCCGGGACCGCCUGAUAAGGUGAAGACUGUGUAUUUUUGUUUUGUCAUUAGCUGAUGAAGAGAUCAUGCUCUCAGCCCUUCUUAUCAGAGCAUAUCAGCCAGGAGAGCCACUGUGUUAGUCUGUAGUGUGAAACUGUAUCAGUUUACCAACCAUACCACCAGGGUUUCUACUGUCUAUACUCUUAUGGAUCUAUCUUUGCAUCUCUGGCUUUUCCAGGCCUGUAUGAGUCAGGUUGAGUCAAACGAAUAUCACAAGAUUUGAAUAUUCAUUUUGAACAGUUCAUUUUCAGUCAUUGCUAAAAAACCUGGCUGCCAGUGUAAUGCUGUAAAAGAAGAAUGGAAAGUUGACUGGAAGGGAAUUGUGUGAAAGAGAAAAGUGCACAAGCAAUAAGGAUAAGUUGAGGAGACUUUCAAGAAAAUUCAAUUAAGGAACUUGGCAGAGCUUCACAAGGAUCAGACGACAGGCUGGUGUCAGCACAUCAAAAGCCACCAUGCACAGUCAUCCUUAGAAGUGCGACCAUUCGAGCCCCUUUUCUAAUAUAAAGCUACCUGAGACAAUGACAGAAGCAUCUUACCCGGGCUAAGGAGACAAAAAGAAGUGGACUGUUACUUGGUGCUCAAGUCCUCUUUCAGUUCAAAGUAAAUUUUGCAUUUCAUCAAAGUCCCAGGUUCUCCCCAUAGUCUCCUAAAACCAGGGGGAGUGGAGGAGAGGAGCAGAAUCCAAGGUGUUUGAAGUCCUGCAGUUCCUGUAGUCUGUGUUUAUUAGGGCUACGUGCCAGUUGCUAGUUCUGGUCCACUGUGUUUUAUUAAAUUCAGAGUCAACACAGCUGUCCACCAGGUGAUUUUAGAGCUCUUCAUGCUUCCAUCUACUGACAAGCUUUAUGGAGAUACUGAUUCCCUUUUUCCAGGAGGACUAAGCAUCUGCCCACAGUGCCAGAACUACUAAAUGGUUAGCUGACUAUGACACUGCUGUGGUUGAUGUGGCUAGCCAACUCCUCUGACGAAAAGAAGCCUAAACCGAGUGCUUAGUGCAGAAAUUAACAGACUAUUCAGAAGUUGAAUGUCCUUUUAUUGAAAAUCCUUCUUUUGAUUGAUUUUAUAAAACCUGCUAAUGAUUUGAGAUCCUGGCUUUCUGAUUUUCAUGAGUUACAAGCUGAAAUGGUGAAUAUUAUACAUGGACCGUUAUACAAACCACAACAGUAUGCAAGAAAUCAGUCUUGUCUUAAUUUGAAACACUGAAUAUCAGUUAGAGUGUUUGUGUAAGCUUUGUGACCAUCAGUUUGACUCAUUUGAUAUGACACAGUUUUUACCUCCCUCUCGCCUCUUGCCAGGUUGUCGGUAUCACAAAACCUCCAGUGCCAAACAAGGCCAAGGAUGACCUUGUCGUUGCUGAGGUUGAGAUCAAUGACGUCCCAAUCACCUGUAGGAACCUCUUGACACGUGGGCAAACACAGGAUGAGGUCAGUCGCAGUGUGGGCAGUUGGGUUUCUUAAGCUAAGGUAAUCAAAUGUUUGGUAGAGUGUCGACUGAAAUGGACUUUGUUUGGUCUGCAGAUCAGCAAAGUAAGUGGUGCUGCUGUUUCAACCAGAGGGCGUUACAUGACAACAGAGGAGAAGGGCAAGGCUCUACCAGGGUGACUUAUCUAAACUCUCUUUUUCUGUGACUGAUUAAGAAAUUAAUUAAAUAUUUUUAUGUUAAUACAAAUCUUCUGCCUUUUCCACACAGGGAUCGACCUCUGUAUUUGCACGUCCAAGGACAGACUCGAGAUCUUGUAGACAGUCAGUACUCAAACCAGCUUAUGUUCAAUCAGUCAUUCCAGGUCGUUUUCCAUGUGAUGACUUAAAUUGAUUGUUUUGUUUUCCCUCCGUCUUAAGGGGCCGUUAAUAGAAUCAAAGAGAUCAUCACCAACGGGGUGGUGAAGGCUGCAACUGCGUCAUCAUCUUCAUCAACCUUUUCUACAAGUGCGGCUGCAGUCACAGUUUACCAGCAGCACAACCCACCUCCUUCUUCACUUCCCCCCAUAACCCACCACAAACCCCACUUUCAGUCAGGGGUAAGGCAGACUCUUUUUGUCUUCUAUGUCCUGAGUGUUCAGAUUACACCGUUCUUGGAAUCUCAAUACACCCACAAAAUUGACAGCUACAAUCAGAAGCUACAAUGAACAAAGUGUUGUUUUGCUUGUCUUGGUCCUUUCUCUUUAAUUAAGUUUCCAAAUUGCUCCAGUUUGUUUUAAAUGAGUUUAACUGCUGCUGAAACACAGCCUACAAUAGUGUUCAAUGGAAGGCGCUAGGGGUUUACUUGCAAAAUCCCUCUUGUAGUAAAAUGUUUUUUAAUAGACUUGCAUAUGGUUUUAUCAUAACCUCAUGUUGUCUGUCCAUCCGAUUCCCAGAUGCAUUAUGUUCAAGACAAAGUCUUUGUUGGACUGGAGCAUGCUAUCCCAGGGUUCGUAGUCAAAGAGCGGGUUGAAGGCCCUGGCUGUUCGUACCUACAGCAUAUCCAGGCUGAGACUGGAGCUAAAGUCUUCCUCAGAGGAAAAGGAUCAGGCUGUUUGGAACCAGCAUCUGGACGAGAGGCCUUUGAACCCAUGUACAUCUACAUCAGGUGGGCUGGAGACAGAUUGAGAACCUCUGCACGGAUGUUUCCUUUUUGUGUAAUAAUAUAUAUAUUUUUUCUGUUUAUUGUCUCUUUAGUCAUCCUAAACCAGAGGGGCUAGCAGCAGCAAAGACACUGUGUGAGAACCUGCUGCAGACAGUGAGUAAUAACCUGUAUUAUUAGAUAUAAAAAUACAGGGAUAAUACAGAGAUAAGAGUACACAAUACUUAAUAAUAGUGACUUGGUUAUGAGGUCAAUAAGGAUGCUGAAUUCAUCUGUAUUAAAACAUUUGGCUUUGAUUGCAUUUUUUUUAUCAGUUGGAGGAAAAGCCCGAUUAGUUACCACAAUAAGUUAUUUUCAAAAUAAUUGAUGUUAUCAGACAUCUAGGCCAAUAAAGUGAAAACAUUCAAAAUGGAUGCACUUCUUGAAAUGUGACGAGCAUCUUUGGUCAUAACCUUCACAGAUGUUCUAUCGGGGUAAGAAUAUUUGGGCACAGUGAGCCAUAGUGCAUCGUUUUAUUGGAUUUUGUUUUUGAUUUUGUUUGAAACCACAAGUUUGAGGGGUACUAUGGGCUUUUUGCAGCAAGUUCAACGAAAGUACUGAAGUUGAAAAAGGAGUAAGUUGCCAUCAGAAUGGGAAAGAGCAUAAAAUCCUAUUUAAAGUGAAUUGUUCUUAUUUUUGGAUGAUUAGUUGGUGUUUUUCUCCUCAGCCCAGUCAUACAUUCACAUCUUGUAAUUCUUAAUACGAUUAGCUGCAAGUGUCGUUUUUGUGUCUUAGUGUCUUUUCCCUCUUAACAAGCCUCAAAUCCUUCUCUGUCACAAGGUCCAUGCUGAGUAUUCUCGAUUCCUCAAUCAGAUGAGCUCAAUGAUGCCGUCACAGCAAGGUACGGUCUAACGUAGCCAUAAAAUUUUCUUCUCUCAGUGGAUGAUUCUUUGAUGCUUGUGAACCAGAGUUGUUCACUUUCCUCCCUCUACUAGGCUUCACACAACCCCCAGUGGUGAAUGGGAUGCCCCCACAGCCUCCUUAUUACCCUCCUGCUGGAUUCCAGCCAGGUUACCCCAUACCUGUACCGCCACCACAGCCACAACCUGUUCCUCCGCCUUAUACCGUCCCACCUCCUAUACCUCCCACAGCACCCACAGGUGUGCCUCUUCAGUAUUCCUUACCCCCUACCCCUUCCCCUGCUCCCACCCCUGCACCCAACCCAGUUCCAGCUCCACCUCUGGCCCCUACACCAGUUGCUGCUCCAGGACCUGUGUCACAGGUAAGAAAUAAAACAAAUUAAAGGAUCUCAGCCUCAUGUGUCAAACUUGCAAAGCAGUAAUGCUGUGUUCCUUCCUUUUCUGCAGACUCUUCCCUCUGUACCUUUUCCUCAACCAGCUGCAGCUCCACCCAAAGCCCCACCUCCUGCCAUCACAGCUAACCCACCACAGAAAAGACGCUUCACAGAGGAGGUCCCAGAUGAGAGAAACAGUGGUCUACUGGGGUACCAGGUAUUCAGGAGCUUUUCCAUGCUUACAGCCUUUAUAUCUACAAUUAUUCUUUCUGUACAACUGAACGCCUCCCGGGUGCUUUUUCUUGUGAAACAGUUUCAUCAGUCAGAUGUACAGUAUGUCAUCUCUGACUAAAUCUGCUCGUUUACUCCAUUGUGAUUUAUUUUAUAUUUUUCUUUUCUCCUUUUUUAUUAGGACAGGUUAGGAAGGAACUGUUUGCAGUUGCCUAUUGCUCUCUUACAGUCAACCUAGUAAUAUGGACUCUCAGAAAAAGCUAUUACUUAAACAGAUAAGUUUUAGCUUUUUUCUUUUUUUUAACAGUGAUUCAGGAACUAGUUUAAUCAGACCCGUGGUAAGCUAAUCACAGUUUGUACUGACUGAGCCAUCAGUUACAUAGCAGUAGAGCAGUGUCAGGGCAGGGUUUAGUCGAGGAUGUCUGCUAAUCGCACUUGUGUGUUUUUCUGCUCAUAGCAUGGACCCAUUCAUAUGACUAAUUUAGGUGCAGGCCUCCCAGUGGGCAGCCCAGAAACUACAGGACCCCCACCAUCGAGUUCCUCUGGUCCACCGAGUGAGAGGGACAGGUGCUAAGAGUUUUGCCAUAAUAAAUUCUAUUUAUUUAGGCUUUGACUGUUAGCUUGGUUGUUAAAUUCUGCCCCAAAUUAAAAUAGGUGUCUAGUACUUAAAGUAUACAAAAAAGGAAAGUUGAGAACUGUUUGUGAGCAGUAAGACGAUGUCCGUAAAUGUUUUUUGUCUAAUGUUAGCUGCAGCACUACAUUUAUGAAUACAGACAGUAAAGUGUGUGUCACUGGAUAUUCACUGAACUCAGACGCUUUCUCCUUGUGUUUUACAGUAGGCAGCUAAUGCCUCCACCUACGUUGCCUGUGAAUGUAGUGAGACCCAGGAUGGAGGAGAGAAGGGCGCCACCAGGCCCUGUGGGUAAGGAAUUUGCCUGUUGGUUGGAUAGAUUCCCGUCCAGAUCCACUGUUACUGCCAGUGGACUGUGCCACUUUGAGUAAACUUUGAUCCGCUCAUCACCGCAAUGUAGAGCAGCAAAGAACAAAAUCUAAAUCCUCAUCUGGGCCACUUGGCUGUGUCUGAUGUCAGUUCCUGGUGUAGAUAACUUUAUAGGUACAAUUUGAAUCCUAGGCGGAUGUAUCAGGACACAUAUUGGCCCACGAAAGUUGUAUUUCUUCUGGUUUUAGACAACAAGACCCCGCUUCUGUGGCCAGUCAUGAGUUUUACUUGGACUCGCGCUCAGCCUCAACCUCCUUUUUAAAACUUUUUUCAGUUCUUGUAGGAUUCUUCUGCUGUGAUGAGAAAUCUCCAGAUAGAGAGGUGGAGCUAUGACAACAGUUGUUCAUCGCUCAGAUCUUUUGUAAAGUAGUCUGGAUAGUCUAGUCCACCUUACCGUCCCAUUCUGAUGACAGCAUCAGUCUGGCUUGUCCAUAGUUUGAUGUCGCCCUUCACUAACAAGAAUCUCUCCUGUUUUGUGUUUUUCUCUUUUUCUCUGUGUUUUUCUUCUCUUCCAUGUAUCUCUGGGGGUGAUGUUGGAUUCUGAUUGGGGGUGGGGCACGACUCUCCCUGUGAUGCUGUCCUUCUGCUCGAUUGGAUGGCCAUAAUACUGUCGCUCCCCACCAACCAAUGGCUCUCUUUAAUGGCUGCCCCCUCCUCCUCUCUGCUGAAAAAUGAUGAUUUAAAUCUAUUAACCAUUUGUUUCUCCCUAUACGUGUUUGGUAUGAUUAUCUUUUACCUGUCUAAUGUGACACAUGCUGCUGUUGCUGCUGUUUUUUUUGUCUCUGGUGUUUCUCUUCUUCCGUAUUCCUCCCCCUCCCCAAAUGUGUCCCCUCUCUCUUUUUCUUCUUUCCUCCCCCUCUUCUUUUUUCAGAGCCCGUGGUGAAGAGACUAAAAACUGGUUUGGUGGCAUACACAGGUGACUCCUCUGAUGAAGAGGAAGACCACUCGACCUCUAAAGCCUCAGGGCCAGGUAACCCUGGGGCAGUUCCCCCUACCUCCACCUCCUCAGGCUGGACGCAGGGCUAUCGUUGCCCUCCUCCACCAUCCCCUCGUGCUAAAACACAAACACAACAGCAGUCUAUGCCUUUCUGGAUGGCACCCUGAAACAGGAAAGAUCUCCCUCAGUACCAUAUGCCGAGUCUUACAAGAUUUUCACCAUAACUGAGCCUGCUUUUUUUUGUUUUUUGUGUUUAUCCCGUUGAAGACUCUUAAGGAACUUUGGUCCUAUUGGACAUACUAACAAUUUGGUCAACUCCUGUUCCUUUGUAUUUUGGGGCACACAUCAUAGUUUGAAGAUGAAAAUUUGAAAGACUGAUACUCCAAACUACUUUGUGGAUGUUUAGAGUGCAAAAUUCUGCCUCCAGAUUUAUUUGAAAGGUAUUAAAAACUCGUCCCUAUAAAAGGAUUUUAAUAUAGUGUCUCUGAGAACAUUAAAUCACAAGGCCAUGAUGUCAAACAUCACUAUUUUUAAUUUUCCAAAGUCUAAUUUGUCACACCCUCCCUGUCCAAGCCUGCGGUUCUAUCCUUUUCUUUUUGGGUCUUUUGUACAGAUGAAAUGGACUUACAUGUAGUAAACAUAUGGAACUUAUUUCAUGCUUUUAUGAAAUAAAUAAACUUAAUUUAUUGCUGUGUUUGGGCGUAU